ACCCAACGAAUGCUCUCCCAUGGAGGUAGUACAACCACCUUGGGGACCGAACGACCAGAGGGGUGAUUUUUCUGAGCAAGAGGAGCCUGUCAGCAAGAGACGCAUCGGUUGAAAUCGGAGCCUCAGCACCCCGGCCUCCCCCCCCCCCCCCCCUCCCCACCCCCCCUCCAUCUCCGCCGCAUCCCUCCUCCGGCUUGCUUGGCUGUGGUUGAUACACAGUACAGCCUUCAUGGGGAUAUAGGGGCUGGAGGAACCUUGUUGCGCCCCUGUGACUGUCUACCGUUCUACUUCGGCUGGGAGCACCGCUCGCGCACGUCUCCAUCCAUGUCUCACCGACGCUGCCCCGUGUCCCCAGAGGGAGCCGCAACCAUCACCAUCUCAGCUUUGGGUUACUAAAUGGUUUUCUGGGGGAGGAUUUCUAACCGCCGAGAUGCUGCUCAUACUCCUGCUGGCAGCCUUUUCUUCUUCUAUCUCCGGCUCCCUCUCCUCCUCCCUCUCCUCCCCCUCCAUGUCGGACGGACCCCCAAUGGCAGACCCGUCCGCAUCGGACUUGAUGGCCGAGACCUGCAGUGCCUGCUCCUGCAUGUCUGUGGAGAAUGUGCUGUAUGUCAACUGUGAGAAAGUCACCGUCUACCGGCCCACGCAGCUCGUCCCACCGGCCUCAUCUCUGUACCACCUCAACUUCCAGAACAAUUUCUUAAUCAUACUCUACCCAAACUCAUUCCUGAACUUCACCCACGCUGUGUCACUGCAGCUGGGGAACAAUAAACUGCAGAACAUUGAAGGUGGAGCCUUCCUGGGGAUGAGCGCACUCAAACAGCUGCACUUAAACAAUAAUGAGUUGAAGGUGCUACGAGCAGACACCUUCCAAGGGAUAGAAAACUUGGAAUACCUUCAGGCUGACUACAACUUGAUAAAAUAUAUUGAAAAGGGAGCAUUUAACAAACUGCACAAGCUAAAAGUGCUGAUCCUGAAUGAUAAUCUCAUCCAGGCACUUCCUGACAACAUAUUUCGCUUUGCCUCACUCACCCACCUGGAUAUAAGGGGGAACAGGAUCCAGAAGCUUCCCUAUUUGGGGGUUCUGGAGCAUAUAGGGCGCAUUGUAGAGCUGCAGUUGGACGACAACCCCUGGAACUGUACCUGCGAUUUAGCACCUCUCAAGGCGUGGCUCGAAAACAUGCCGUAUAAUAUCUUUAUCGGUGAGGCCAUAUGUGAAACACCAAGUGAUUUGUAUGGGAGGCUCCUGAAAGAAACCAACAAACAGGAGCUUUGUCCCAUGGGAACAGGCAGUGACUUUGAUGUAAGGAUGCCGCCCGCACCGCCAGAUAAUGGACAGUCGCCCUCCAAAAUGUCCCCGACCACUGUGGCCCCCAUAGCCACAAAAGCGCCAAAAACCACAGACUCAUCCAAGAUUUAUGGAAAUGGUAUUGUGGCUGGUUUGCCCCCCUUUGGAAGAAAUAGUCAGAUAGUUUCCUUUCAGACACGGACCCCUCCAUUGUUGUGUCCACAGCCCUGCAGUUGUAAAGCCCACCCUUCUGACUUUGGUAUUAGUGUCAGCUGUCAGGAAAGGAAUAUUAAAACUCUAGCUGAUCUCAUUCCCAAACCCCCAAACGCAAAGAAACUUCACCUGAGUGGGAAUUACAUCCGUGACAUUAGCCCAAUUGAUUUCCAAGGGUUCGAGGGCUUAGAUUUGUUACACCUUGGCAGUAAUCAAAUGGUCACAGUCCAGAAAGGUGUGUUUGCUAACCUGACUAACUUGAGGAGACUGUAUUUGAAUGGAAACCAACUUGAACAGUUACACCCAGAGAUGUUUUUGGGCCUAACAAACCUACAGUACCUAUAUUUGGAAUACAAUGCCAUUAAAGAAAUCCUAGCGGGCACAUUUGACUCCAUGCCAAACUUGCAACUCCUGUAUCUCAACAACAAUGUUCUGCGGAGUCUCCCCGCUUACGUGUUUGCGGGUGUAUCUUUAGCAAGACUGAAUCUAAAAAACAAUCACUUCAUGACCCUGCCAGUGAGUGGUGUCUUGGACCAGUUGCAGUCGUUGACCCAGAUAGACCUGGAAGGGAACCCAUGGGAGUGUUCCUGUGAUCUGGUCGCCCUCAAACUCUGGCUAGAGAAGCUAAGUGAUGGAGUGGCUGCCAAAGAGGUGAAAUGUGCAUCCCCUGUGCAGUUCUCCAACAUUGAGCUACGCCUCUUGAAAAAUGAGAUCCUAUGCCCUAAGCUCAUUGCGAGGCCGCCAUUUAUUCUCACGAGCGCCACCCCUGUGUUGACCUCAGUGUCGCCUGCCGGAGUUGGCAAAGCACCACCAGGAGGGCCGGUGCCUCUCUCGAUUAUGAUCCUCAGCAUCCUCGUUGUGCUCAUUCUAACUGUGUUUGUGGCCUUCUGCCUUUUAAUCUUUGUCUUGAGGCGGAAUAAAAAACCAGUGGGCCGACAGGAGGGGCUAGGAAAUCCGGAGUGCGGCUCCAUGUCGUUGCAGCUCCGCCGACACAGCCAUAAAUCUGGCAAGAAGGGUUCCAUCCCGGGAGACGACUUGGGAGGCGAGACAUUCAUCCCCCAGACAAUUGAGCACAUUGGCAAGAGCCACACCUGCGGCAUCGGACGCUCGUCAGACAUGGAUGCUGGCUUCAAGUUUGCUGAUUCACAGAGGCAAAAGAUCAUCUUCCGAAACAGCUGCGACAAGGAUAAAGACGCACUUUCCACCCUGGAGCGCAACAAACGCCUCAGCACCAUCGAUGAACUCGAGGAGUUCCUCCCCCACCGAGAGCCCAGCAUGUUCAUCCAGAACUUCUUGGACGGCAAAAGGGAUUUCAACAGUAUAGGGAUGGGCGGGUACGAAAUCCGCUACCCCGAGAAAACGCUGGAUAAAAAGAUGAAGAAGUCACUGAUAGGUGGGAACCACAGUAAGAUCGUGGUGGAGCAGAGAAAAAGUGAGUAUUACGAGCUGAAAGCCAAGCUCCAAGGAACGCCUGAUUACCUGCAGGUGCUCGAGGAGCAGACUGCACUGAGUAAAAUGUAGGGAUUCCUGUGUUUUGUUUAGUGUGUUGAUUACACAUACACAGGGAAUCAGACACACAUACAGGCAGACAGACAGCAGCCCAACACACCUGCCUUCCUCUGGUUAUUUCCCCCCCUCUAGCCACACAGACACACACACACACACACACACACACACACAGCAAAAAAAGUGCCUUCUGGAAAUCCUUAAUGACCAAUGCAGAGAUGGACAAAAUGGCUCCACACUACAAAGCUAUUUACUAGAAUCAGCGAGGCUGAAUUCCACGGUAAAAGACCUUUUGGAUUAUCCAUGCCACUACAUGUAUGAAUCCCACAUACAUACCACAGGACAACAGAAAAAGCAACCAGACAGUCAGAGUCAAUUUUUUGCUGCUAUUGAAAUGGGUACGUACCUUUAUUAUUUUUUGUUGUUCGUGUUGUUCUUCUUUCUCCUCCUUUUGUUUUUUUUCAACCAAAUCAAAAGGGUCUUGAAAACAGUGCUUGAGAAUGUACCUCGUCGUCUUCAACCCUCAUUUUAAAAGGAAAGAAACAAAAAGGAAGCAGUGUUGGUUGUUGUUCUUUUGCUCUGGAAAGUAUCCAAAAUCACUACUUCUGGAAUGCGAUUAACAGAAUCAAUGACUCAGUGGAUGCUACUUUGCUUUUUUAUCAUUUUUUUUAUAAAUAUAAAUUUGCGGGGAUAUUUGUUUGUUCUUGGGGAUGCUCCCUGGAGUCGGCUGCAGACUUUCUGCCAUCUUGUCUGGAUUACACGACAGUAGCAGUACACCUGCUCUUUGACGGAAGGCUAAACGGCUCCUGUUUACCGUUCAUGGGAAUCGGAGGCACAGCAAAACUCUUUUGGGGGAAUGAUUUUGUGACUUGUUUUCUUUGUGUAAAGAGCCAUGUUAAAUAUAGUGUCUUCUGAAUGGAGUUGUGUUUCUCUUCAAAAAUUGCUACUUACAGUAAUUGUAUGUUUUGGGUGAAAUCUAACAGCACAUACAGUACACUGUCAGAGGACAUUGUUUCAGAAAAAUGAAAAAGACCCAAGGAUGAAAAAAAAAUAAUACAAAGCUGCUUGCCAUGUAAGCGUAACCUGGAAUUUAUUUUGUAAGUCUUACAUUAUUUGUAUCUGUGGGACUGGUUUGUAAAUUACAAGGAAAGACAAACAUCUACACACACACACAUGCACACACACAUGCUGUAUGAUGGAGCAUCAUCAUCAAGAGACUACAAGGCAGAAUUGUCAAACAAACCGCUAAUAUAAUUCAAUCGGUGAUCCGCCUCCCCAUGUCAGCACUCAAUUCGUAGUGAAAGAAAAAAUUUAACAACAUAGUUAAUUUAUUUUUCUAUGCAGGAUUAUUUAAAGAGUUAUAGGUAUUAUUUAAAAAAAAGAAUAAUACACAAAGAGUGGAAAGGACUUGAUAGAACGAUGCAUCAGAGCUAAUUCAGGCCACCAGACUUGAGUGUGGAGUUGAAUCAAGGGGUUUGUUUCUCUCGAUCCAGUUGACGAGGGUCGUGACAUGUGAUCUGUGAUGUUUCCUUUUCUAUUGUGUCGCACUACAAACCGAGGCCUGGUAGAGUCUGUGACGUUUCAAGCAGUUUCCUUAUUCUUAUAUCUCCCACAGUAUCUUGUAAAAGGUUUCUUAUUAACAUUAUGCAACCAAAAUAAAUGUGCAUUAAACUUGAUAUGGUUCUGGGGACUGUCGGGGACGGGGUCGGGGUCAUUCAGGGAAGCAGGGAAGGCGACGAAUUAAGGCUCUAAAUUGUCAGAUUGGGAAAGAAUCAUAUCAUAAAACACCAUGUGCAAUAUUAGUAAAAAUGCUCAGUAAUGAUGGCUUCAAAUAAUUUUUUUUAUUUAUAUAGUUUGAGGUUAUAUUGUCAAGACAGGUUCUAUUUGGAAAUUAUUUUAUCAAUUUAACUCUAUCCGGUCCUUAUUUAAAAAAAGUAUUGUUAAGUUAAAAUUAUGAGUGUUUAUUGACAUUACAAAUUAAUAGAAUGUAUCUUGGAAAGUAUAAUAAAUACAGUUUUCUAUCAGUCAUAAAUCCUGUAUAUUGGUUAAUUUUCUCUUGUAUAAUCAUGUUGAAAUGAAGGUAUUAAAAUCAGCACCUAUUU